AUGCUCCACAGAACUCCUCAAUCGAUGGACUCUCGGCCUAAAACACAGUCAGCUCUCUUUCAAGUUUACUUGCGUUUAAGACCUCCGCUCUCGCCUACAUCCCCAGGUUAUACGGAAAGGUUUUUGACAGUACAAGAACCUGAAGGUGAUGGACUGUCUACUCAGAUUACCCUUAACCCACCAAAUGAUAAUCGUCGUCGAGCAGUCGAGAAAUUCGUUUUUACUGAUAUUUUCGACGAGGACUCGAGCCAGCUCGAUAUUUUUCACGGGACGCAGCUUAUAUCGCUAGUCGAAGGUACCUUAGGUGCAGACGGUGGCGAUGGCCGUGAUGGACUUUUAGCAACGCUAGGUGUAUCAGGUAGUGGAAAGUCGCAUACCAUUCUCGGCUCUCGUUCCCAACGCGGUCUUACCCAGCUGGCCCUCGAUGUGCUAUUUCGUGCAAUCGCAGAGAACAACCUGGCAACUGAGAAAGACAAUUCGAUUCUCACAACUAUUAGUGCCUCUGAUGCAAGUGAGGCACAGGUUUUGCCGGCACAAACUUUCUUGGAUGCCAUCUUCAAUGACUCCAGCAACGCGUCUCGUGCCGGCUCAAGAGCUCAAACGCCAGUUAUUGGCGACUCAAACUUCAUUUUCACUCCACGGAAACCGUAUCCACCUCAGUGUACGCCUCAGCUACCCGAUAUCUCCCAUAUUACCGCAGCUUGUGAUAAGAACGCCGAAUAUGCAAUCCUGAUCUCCAUGUAUGAAGUGUACAACGACCGAAUAUUUGAUCUGCUGACCCCGGCAUCGCAAGGCAAAUUUACCAAGGAAUAUCGCCGGCGCCCGCUGCUCUAUAAGCACACCGAGCUUUCACCAGACCGAAAAGUCGUAGCCGGACUCCGAAAGGUACUUUGUGGAACUAUGAAAGAGGCGCUCAUGGUACUAGAAGCAGGGAUGUACGAGCGAAGAGUUGCAGGAACCGGAUCUAAUAGCGUCUCUUCUCGAUCCCACGGGUUUUUUUCCGUUGAGGUCAAGAAGCGGAUGCGAAAUCGAUUGUCAGGAAUGUGGCAAGGUAGCUCACUAACUAUCGUCGACUUGGCAGGUAGUGAGCGGGCCCGAGAAGCGAAAACACAGGGAGCCACCCUCGCUGAGGCUGGAAAAAUCAACGAGAGUCUAAUGUACCUUGGGCAAUGUCUGCAGAUGCAGUCAUAUCUCGGAAAUGGCACUAGACCUAACCUUGUUCCUUUUCGGCAGUGUAAAUUAACAGAGCUUCUCUUCUCCAAUAGCUUUCCAACGACCAAUACGCAACCUAUGCCUUCCCCUCAGCGCAACCCACAGAAGGCUAUCAUGAUUGUAACGGCCGAUCCUCUUGGCGAUUUCAACGCUACAUCGCAAAUCCUACGCUACUCUGCCCUCGCACGUGAAAUAACUGUGCCACGUAUUCCUUCUGUAACGUCAACCAUUCAAGUACAGACCAGUACCCCUCACCAUAGCGGCUCCAUGCGUGGAUGGGGCAAAGUUAACCCUGGCGAAGGUGAUCGAGAAACAAUGGAGAUAGCUGCCCUUGAAAUUGCCCGAAUGAGUGAGGAAAUUGACGGCCUUCGUGCUGAGCUUCGUUCAGAAACUGAGCGGCGCCUCAAAUCAGAAACACGGUUAGAGACACUAUCCAGCCGAAUCACCGAAAUUGAAGCUGGGGUUCGCGAGGAGUGCUUCCAAGAGAUGGAGCAUAGAAUGGAGACCGAAAUCCAACGCUGGAAGGCAACCUGGGCUCUAGAGGCUGAUUUAAAAGACGAGCACCUAGAUCGCAAGCUGGAAAUCUUCGCACGAACAUUCCCAACAACACUCAACAUUUUGGAAGAUGAGAAUAAAGAAAAUAACUAUAGUUGUCCCAAAACAGAUCUUGAAGAGGAGAAUGCGCGCUUAAGAAAAGACAUCGAAUCACUAAAAAGAGAUCUUAUCGUACGAAGUCCCAGUAAGCUGCCGCGUCUACCCCGGAAGGAGAAAAAUACGUUUCCUCUCACCCUUGGUGGGAGUAACUCGAUGAGUCCUGGCGCAAGAAGAACUCCUAAGGUGUCAAGAUAA